UUAAAUUUAUUUUAAAUUGUUCAAAUCAUCCACCAUAAUUUGGGUUUAGAAGUGGGUUUAGGCUGCAAGAAUUUGAUGGGCUCUGAUAAUGAGUUACUGGGUUUAGCAAAGAAUGGGCCUGAACCCAUCUAAUCUUCUUCCCCCAUUUUAAUUUCCCACGAUUUCUUCAUCAAUCUCUGUUUGCUGGCGGGGAUUUGGUGCGAGAGAGAAAGAGAGAAUGAACCAAAAUCAGCAACAGCAAGCGAGCGAUGGUAGACACGAUGAUGACGCUGCGCUCUCUGAUUUUCUCGCUUCCUUAAUGGACUACACUCCCACUAUACCAGACGAGUUGGUGGAGCAUUACUUAGCCAAGAGUGGAUUUCAAUGCCCCGAUGUUCGAUUAAUUAGGCUGGUGGCUGUUGCUACGCAAAAGUUUGUAUCUGAGGUUGCAAGUGAUGCUCUUCAGCAAUGCAAGGCAAGACAGGCAGCAGUUGUAAAGGACAAAAGGGAUAAGCAGCAAAAGGAUAAGCGCCUAAUAUUGACAAUGGAGGACCUCUCAAGAUCACUUCGUGAGUAUGGCGUGAAUGUGAAGCACCAAGACUAUUUUGCUGAUAGCCCUUCAACUGGGGUGGAUCCUGCUUCAAGAGAUGAAUGAACUUUGGAUUGAAUCUAUACAAGAGUGUUUCAAGUUCUUUUACAUUAUGUAGGGAUUGCACAAAUACUGCUAUGUAGGUGGGUGAUGUUCAUUCUAUUUUACAUGAAUAUUUAAUAGUUAUCAUAAUUAAUACUUUGUUUUUAAUCUUAGCUUCAUUUGUCUGCA